UGGAACGCUGGGGAAGGGAAGAGAAGAAACAGAUAAAACGAGGGCAGGGGGUAAAAAGGUGCCCCGCGCCUCUCCGAGUCCUGUGCCGCCGCCGCCCAGGGUGGGCUCCGGAAGAGGCAGCGCUGCGGGGAAGAGCAAGGACGAGCCAGGGGCGAAAUCUUGCAGGCGCGGAAGACACAGACAGAGGCGCAAAGAAAAAGUGACUCGGGCCGUGCGCCCCGGCGGCGCUCGGGAGGGGACCACGGCUGCGGAGGGGCCCCUGGCCAAUUCUCCCCCACUUCCAGGGGAGGGCAGACCCCGGCCCGCCCCCGAGGGCGAGAGGCGAUGAGAUAAUCCUGCUGAGCUGCGAAAGGAGAGCGUCUGGCGCUGGGUUGGGGGGGAGGGGGUCUCCAGGCGGGCCUCGCGGGCGGAGGUGUGAGGGUCCGCGCAGAUUCUGGGCCGGAGGGGGCGGGGGCUGCAGGGCCGCGCAGGAGUGGGCUGCAAGGGCCUGGCGCGCCCAGCUCAUUCGCACUCUCUGUCCGGCUCGGAGCUGCCCGGCGCCCCAGCGGCCCGCCCGCCCGGCCGCUCCGGCCCGCGGCGCAGAUGGCUGUGCGCGGCGCCAACACCUUGACGCCCUUCUCCAUCCAGGCGAUCCUCAACAAGAAAGAGGAGCGUGGCGGGCUGGCCCCACCGGAGGGGCGCGCGGCGCCCGGGGGCACAGCGGUGGUGGUGGCCGCGGCGCCCGCUGUCUGCUGCUGGCGGCUCUUUGGGGAUACGGACGCGGGUGCGCUGGGGGGCGCCGAGGACUCUCUGCUGGCGUCUCCUGCCGGGAGCAGAACAGCUGCGGGGCGGACUGCGGAGAGCCCGGGAGGCUGGGAUUCGGACUCCGCGCUCAGCGAGGAGAACGAGGGCAGGCGGCGCUGCGCCGACGCGCCGGGGGCCAGCGGGGCCAGCCGCGCCGGGGGAACCCUGGGCCUCGGCCAGCCAGUCUGCGAGAUGCGGGCCGCCAAGGACCUGGAGGAGGAAGCCGCGGGCCGGAGCGACAGCGAGAUGUCGGCCAGCGUCUCAGGUGACCACAGCCCGAGGGCGGAGGACGACGGUGUUGGCCCAGGAGUAGCACGCGUGCCGGAGCUCUGCAGCGGAGCAGGCGGCGGGGGAAGCGGCCCGCCGGCGGGCGGCGUGGAGGAGGAGGAGGAACCCGCGGCGCCCAAGCCGCGGAAGAAGCGCUCGAGGGCCGCCUUCUCCCACGCACAGGUGUUCGAGCUGGAGCGCCGUUUUAACCACCAGCGCUACCUGUCUGGGCCGGAGCGCGCCGACCUUGCCGCGUCGCUAAAGCUCACCGAGACGCAGGUGAAGAUCUGGUUCCAGAACCGUCGCUAUAAGACCAAGCGCCGGCAAAUGGCUGCCGACCUGCUGGCCUCGGCGCCCGCCGCCAAGAAGGUGGCGGUCAAGGUGCUGGUACGCGACGACCAGAGACAGUACCUGCCCGGCGAGGUGCUGCGGCCACCCUCGCUUCUGCCACUGCAGCCCUCUUACUACUACCCUUACUACUGCCUCCCCGGCUGGGCGCUCUCCACGUGCGCAGCCGCUGCGGGCACUCAGUAAACCCGCCCCGAGGAGGCUGCGAAGGAUCCCUGCGCCUCAGCUCCCGAAGGAGGCUGACAGCUCUGUAGGUCAUCCUUUUUGAACAGAGGCGCCCCAACGAGGGAGCAAGAGGAGGACAAAAAUCCAGCUCCGGCUCGGAUGGCCACGACGUGUGCCCUGGCAGCCGCUGCGAGCCUGCCCGGAGGGAACGCCUUUUUUUUUUGCCUAACUUGAACAGAGAGGCACUCUGUCUACGGUCUCGGGACCCUGCUCGCCGCUCACCUGUCUGGAAGCCCCUGGACAUUAUUUAUUUCGACGACAAUGUUGGGUUUGCAGUUGGAGCGCGUCUGGCUGGGGAUGGCGUUUUCCCCAGAGCCUAGAGGACUCCUGGAGACCACAGAGCCGAGCCCCCAGAAUGCCGAGCCUGCCGGGAGCUUCGUGCGCUAGGCCGCACUAGUUCAUGGUAUCCAUGCUACCAAUCUAUGUGUAUCUACAUAUCUUUUAAUUUUUGGAAAUUGGAUUUGUAACAAAGGGGUGCAAAAUCCUGGCAGCCCCAGGCCAGGGGUUGAUUUGAACUGAGAAGGGCUUUAUUUUCGGGACCACCACACCCACCCCUUCCCAGUGCCAGAGUUCCAGAGGGGGCGCCCUGCUGGGUGCUGAAUGUAAGGAAAGGCGCCUCCGAGCGCCAGGCCGGCCAGGGACCUCCCACACACACAAGUUCCCUCUCCAAAGUCCAGGCGAGGAGAGAGCACUCCCGGGCGCCCCUACUCAGAAAUUCUUUCUUUUCAUUUGUAAAGAAGAUUAAGAUUUGUAGCACUUUGCAGUUGUUUGUAUUCAAAUGACGGUUAUUUUUGUAUUCAAUGUGAAUAUCUCUGGCCAGCGUUUCCACGGCGUCCCCCGCAGUGCCGCCGCCCUACCCUGUGUCCCUACCGGACACCCUCCCCAACUCCUGCACCCUGGCCGGCAACUGCCCUGGCCGCCCCUCACCUCCCCCUCAGACAGGUGAUGAUACCUGAAGUGCCAACCUCGCCGCUUUUUGCCUCCUUAAGGGCACUGUGCACUCAACUAGAGUAUUAACUUUAAAAACAUUUGUGAAAUUUGGAAGCUCUAUUCGCUGUAUUUUUUCUUUAAUUUAUAAACUUUUAGUUGAAUA